AUGCGCCCAGCCAUGCACCCAGAUGCCACCGCAGGACCCUUUCACUGCUGGGCAAAGCUGUUGGCUCCUCAGGACAACCUCUGGAGUGACCAGAGCCUGGAAACAGACCCUGACCUCCCCCCAAGCUGGAGGAAAAUCUGUGACUCUUUGGGUACCUAUUACUGGCAUGUGCCGACAGGCACAACACAGUGGCAGCACCCUGCACGCACCACUGGCCCAGGAGGGCACACGGAGGCUGAUGGAGAGGAAACACUCCAGGGAAGGGAAUGCCAGGGCCCUGCAGCGAAGCACUCGGCAAAGGACCGGCCCAUUCCCAGCCCCAUGGCUUCGCUGUCCCGGAGGCACUCGCUGUCCUGGCAUGGAGAUGACUUCCAGCACAGCGCAGAGCCCGGCUCCAAGUGCUUUGCUGUGCGCUCUCUGGGCUGGGUGGAGAUCCCCGAGGAGGACCUGGCACCUGGCAAGAGCAGCAUCGCUGUCAACAACUGCAUCCAGCAGCUCUCCAACAGCAAGGGCCAGGGCUCUGCAGAGAACCAGGGUGAGGGCCAGGACCUAGUGAUGAUUCUGAAGAAGGACACCAUGAGCCUGGUGGACCCCCUCGACCGCAGCCUCAUCCACCGCCAGCCCAUCCUCAACAUCCGUGUCUGGGGUGUUGGCUGCAACAAUGGCAGGGACAGAGACUUCGCCUUUGUGGCCAGUGACAAGGACACUUGCGUCCUCAAGUGUCACGUCUUCCACUGCAAUGUGCCUGCCAAGGGCAUCGCCAAGGCUCUGCAUGAGAUGUGCUCCAAGAUCGUGGCCGAGCGAGCUGUAGCGAACAGCAGGCUUCCCCGCGCUGCCACGCUGGAGCCCAUCUCCGCCGAGGACCUACCACUGCAAGUGGAUAUCCUAGAAGCGGUGAGGCAGUCGAUGCAGACCUACGAGGCGCUGUACAUCGGCAGCCUGCCCGUGCCCAGGGCCAUGGGUAAGCGCCGCUGCUCCCCCGCUGCUGGGGGACGCCCAGGAAGCCUCCCCGUGCCGUGGAGCGGGAUGGAUGUGUUGAAUGAGGCCAUCGAGAAGCUGACGAGGCGCCCUGGACGGGAGAACUGGACGCCCUCCGUGAUUUACGUGUCCGACACGGCCAUGAGGGUGCACCCGGCGCAGGUGGGGAGGGGACAGGGGGCUGUGGCCGGAGCGGGCACGGCGCUGCCCCCGGCAGAGCGGACCCGGGGGGCGGCAGGGCUGCUCGGACGGCGGCCAGGGGUGGAUGGGCCCGCGGGGUCCCCGCAGGAGCCCGAGGAGGCGGCGCACAUCUGGGAGUGCCAGGUGCGGUACGUGACCUUCCUGGGGGUGGGUCGGGACGCGCACACCUUCGCGCUCAUCGUGGACACGGGGCGACGCUUCCAGUGCGCGGCCUUCUGGUGCGAGCCCGACGCCGGCACCAUCUCGGAGGCAGUGCAGGCCGCCUGCAUGGUGAGUACCGGCGGCACCGCGGCUGGGGACGCCCAGCCCUGGGGAGGACGGGAUGAGGCCGGUGCCGUGCCCCCCGCGCUGCCUCUCGUGUCCCCGCAGGUGCAGUACCAGAAGUGCCUCGUGGCCGCCGCACCGGGGGCGAAGGCGAAGAGCGGGGCUGGCCGGGGCCGGGCCGGGCCGGCGGCCGCGGGGGACGCUGCCCGCGGGGCGGCCAAGGCGGGGGGGGGCGGCGGCGGGGCUGGGGCCGGGGCCCGCAAGCGGGGACUCUUCUCCUUCCUGGAGGUGUUCCGCCUGCGGCGGGCCCUCCUGCACAGCCCGUAGCGGGC